CUCUUUCUUUCCUUACCCAGUGAGCGCUCAAAAAAGUGAGCGCUCAAAAAAGUGCCUCAUUUUUUUAUUUUUGUAAUUUGGAAAACAAAAAAAAACAAAAAACAAAAAACAAAAAAUCUCUCUCCCUCUUUUCAAUGACAACCUCAGUAGAGAACCGCCGGUUCACUCAUAUGGAACCCGCCACAAACGGCGUCGUUCGCACAUUCAAAUCCGUUCAAAACAACCACCGUUCCGACACGCCAGAUCGUAACCGUCCAUUCCCGUCAAUUCCGGAGAUCACGCGUCCCAACAAAGCCAUCAUAACGGAGCUAGAUUCAUCAAGCGAGGACGAAGAUGAGAACGAUUUCUGGGAAUUGGUGCAGAAAGGGGACAGCGAAUUAGAGCCGCCGAUCUGGGACCAACGAGAUGAGGCCACGUCAGACAAUUGGGUGCAGCGCAACCCUACCAUGGUCCGCCUCACCGGAAAACACCCCUUCAACUCCGAGCCGCCACUUACUCGGCUCAUGCACCACGGGUUCAUAACUCCGGCUCCACUCCACUACGUUCGCAACCAUGGCCCGGUCCCCAAAGGCAAGUGGGAGACCUGGACCGUCGAAGUAACCGGACUCGUCAACAAACCGACCCGGUUCACCAUGGAGCAACUCGUCACCGAGUUCCCGAACCGGGAAAUAGCGGUCACUCUAGUCUGCGCCGGUAACAGACGGAAGGAGCAGAACAUGGUGAAACAGACAAUCGGUUUCAACUGGGGAGCCGCGGGGGUCUCCACUUCGGUGUGGCGCGGUGUACCGCUAAUCCAUGUGCUGAAGCGGUGUGGGAUCUACAGCCGUACACGUGGAGCCCUCAAUGUGUGUUUCGAAGGGGCCGAGGACUUGCCAGGUGGCGGUGGCUCCAAAUACGGUACGAGUAUUAAAUACGAGAUCGCUAUGGAUCCGUCCAGAGAUAUAAUGUUGGCGUACAUGCAAAACGGUGCGCAUUUGUCGCCGGACCACGGGUUUCCGGUGCGGAUGAUCAUACCGGGUUUUAUUGGUGGGAGAAUGGUGAAAUGGUUGAAACGGAUCGUAGUCACAACCCGAGAAUCUGACUGUUACUAUCAUUAUCACGAUAAUAGAGUGCUCCCUUCGCACGUUGACGCUGAGUUAGCUACCUCCCAAGCUUGGUGGUACAAGCCCGAGUAUAUCAUUAACGAGCUGAACAUAAACUCUGUCAUAACGUCGCCGUGCCACGAUGAGAUCUUGCCGAUAAACUCGUGGACAACACAGAGGCCAUACACAUUGAGAGGCUACGCAUAUUCCGGAGGUGGGAGGAAAGUGACACGUGUGGAGGUGAGUGUGGACAAUGGAGAUACGUGGCGUGUUUGCACGUUGGACCACCCGGAGAAGCCCAACAAGUACGGGAAAUACUGGUGCUGGUGCUUUUGGACACUGGAGGUGGAGAUGCUGGACCUGGUUGGAGCCAAGGAGGUUGCGGUUCGAGCCUGGGAUGAAGCCCUUAAUACCCAGCCGGAGAAGCUCAUUUGGAACCUAAUGGGAAUGAUGAACAAUUGCUGGUUCCGGAUAAAAACAAAUGUGUGCAAGCUUCAAAAGGGAGAGAUUGGAAUCGUGUUCGAGCAUCCAACUCUGCCUGGCAACCAGUCUGGUGGAUGGAUGACCAAGGAAAAAAGCGUCGAGAAAUCAUCUGAUACCAAACAAUCCCCCAUCAAGGAGAGUACUGUCUCAUCAACCAUAAAGAUGUACUCAAUGUCUGAGGUCAAAAAUCACAGCUCAGCUGAGUCAGCUUGGAUUAUAGUCCAUGGCCACAUCUAUGAUUGCACUCGAUUCCUCAAUGAUCACCCUGGUGGCGCCGACAGCAUUCUAAUCAAUGCAGGCACUGAUUGCACGGAAGAAUUUGAUGCCAUCCACUCUGACAAGGCCAAGAAAAUGCUAGAGGACUAUAAAAUUGGCGCGUUGAUCACUGCAGAUAAUGUGUCAAACACAUCCCACAUCGAUCCCGUCAAAGAAAAUAAGCCAACAAGAAGUGUUGCACUUGUCCCACGUGAGAAAAUCCAAUGCAAGCUCGUGACCAAGAAGUUAAUAUCCCAUAACGUGAGGUUAUUUCGAUUUGCAUUGCCAUCUGAUGACCAAGUCUUGGGUUUGCCAGUAGGGAAGCACAUAUUUCUGUGUGCUAAAAUAGGCGAUAAGUUGUGCAUGCGAGCUUAUACUCCAACGAGCACCAUUGAUGAAGUGGGGUACUUUGAUUUAUUGGUUAAAAUUUACUUCAAAAAUGUGCACCCGAAAUUCCUUAAUGGAGGGUUAAUGUCACAGUACCUAGACUCGCUCCCACUAGAUUCGAUUCUAGACGUGAAGGGACCAUUGGGUCACAUAGAAUAUACUGGCCGCGGUAACUUCUUAGUUCAUGGCAAGCCCAAGUUUGCUAAAAAGCUAGCCAUGGUAGCUGGUGGGACAGGAAUCACACCCAUAUAUCAAGUGGUUCAAGCAAUUUUGAAGGAUGCAGAGGAUGAGACCGAAAUGUACGUGGUCUACGCGAAUCAUACUGAGGAUGAUAUUUUGCUUAGGGAAGAACUUGAUGCUUGGGCUGAAAAGCAUGACAAGUUUAAGGUGUGGUAUGUGGUGAAAGAACCUGAAAGGGAAGGGUGGGAAUACAGUGUGGGAUACAUCACAGAAAGUAUUCUGCGAGAGCAUAUACCAGAAGGAUCAGACGAUAGUUUGGCUUUGGUAUGUGGACCACCGCCAAUGAUUCAGUUUGCUGUGCAGCCAAAUCUGGAGAAGAUGAAUUAUGAUAUCAAGAAUUCGAUGUUGGUGUUUUAGAGGAUAUGGAACAAGUUUUAGAAGUGAGGCGGGAUUGUAUAUAUUGGACUAUUUAUCCCUUGUAUUUUGUUUGUUUGUCUCUUGUACACUAAUAUUUGUUCCUUUUCUUUUAGGAUUUUCUUGUGAGAGAAAAGGAUAAAAUAAAUUCCCGGAAUAGGUCCUAGGCUUUUUGUCUCGGGUAAAAUAUAAUAAUCACCCUGAGGUUUGACACAAA